AAAGGGGAAAUGAAAACAAAUAAUUUUUUAGCUACGAUUUCUACUAAUUUGCGUAAAUGCGCCCAUCCUGAGUAGUUAAAAUAGUUUUCACGCAUUUACAACCCUUUGCAAAGCAAGGAAAACCAUCUAUUCCCUCAAAAGUACCGCGCAGUGAUGUGUUUAGUGUGUGCGUGUGCCCUGUAAACGUGAUUUUUCUCUCAACAAUUUGUGAUUAUUCGUAUUGUUGCGGGGCUGCGUCGUUGUGUACCCCUUUGCUAGUAAAAACGCCAGUGCUACCGUAACAGGGGGAUGAUAAGCGGCACCGCUUAAUCCUCGCCCUGUUUGCAGCAGAAACGCCGCACGCCACCCAUUAUCAGUCCGGCUCGCGGCGGUUGACAUCAGUCAAGAUUAAUCUCUCGGUGAAAAUCAACAUGAGCGAAGGCGGUAGUAACGAGGGCGCGGAAUCGCCGCCGCCGUCGUGUUCCGCGGGGGUUGACUCGACUGGCACCUCCGAAACCACAGCACCCGUACCACCGUUGCCGCCGCGGGAACAUUUGAUCGUGACUGCCGUAAAGUUCCUCAACAACCCGAACGUAGUUCGCAGUGCCAUAACGAAGAAGCAGGCCUUCCUGCGCUCCAAAGGACUGUCGGAGGAUGAGAUACAGAUUGCGUGCGAGCGAGCGGGCGUCUUUACGACCAGCCCCACACAACAGACGGUCAUCAGCAUGGGUGUGGAGUCGAGUGGUGGCGGUAACUAUGCCAAGCCCGGUUACCAAAUUCAGCCAAGGCAAAACUUCCUAACCCGCAUGAAGGACAUGCUCAGCUCGGUGGCUCUACUGAGCGGACUGAUGUAUGGCGUGUACUUGUUCUAUAAGAAAUUCAUUGAACCGCUGUUGUUCCGCAGCAAGAAGAAGAAAACCGUCACCGAACAGCUGACGGAGCUUAAUCAGACGAUGACGGUGAAGAUUGACACGCUGAGUGCCGAGCUGAGCAAAAUCAAGGCCGAACUGAACCAGGUCAACCAAACCAAUGCAACCGUAAAGGAGCUGGCCAACUUUAAGGGCGAUCUUGAUUCGAUUAAGGGACUCCUAUUGAACAGAAAACAAUUCGCCGCACCAAACCUUCCGGUCGUUCCACCGUCCAUCCCGGCAUGGCAGCUACGUUCCCAGCAACAUCAACCGGCCAGCAGCGAGGGCGAGCACGACAAGCACGACGACAAUGACACCGGGUCGGGUUCUGGGUCGAGUGAAAAUGAUGUCGUCCUGAAGAACAGCGACAGCAGCCUGGAGAUUAUAUCUUAAAUCGGUCGAACAAUGUGAACGCACCGCAUCGCUGGAGAGGAGUGAAGCUUCCGCAAAUGGCAACAACCGCCGUACGAAGGAGCGCGCAUCUAAACCAAAACAGAACGGAACACGGUGGAGGCACUUUGUAAAAGGGCCAUCUAUUUCACACCGUCGGCAUUUUUUGACGAUUUAUGACAAAGGAAGGCGAGCGAUGAUCACAUGAAACUGAAAAGCGACACAUUUAGAUGGAAGGAUAUCGAUCGAUCUCAAAAUCGUUGCAAUAUGUUGAAACGUUCCAUAACCAUCAUCACGCCAACCCGUAUGUGUGUGCCCCCCAGUAUGUCGGGUCCAGUAUGGGGUAAAACUUUAAGCAAAGGAUUUUAAAGUUUUUUUCCCUUUUGUCCUACCCGUACCUAACACACAGUCGACGACAUAAGAAACUAUUUUGUUUUUGAAUUUGUACAUUAUGUUUUAAUUAUACGAAACCCCCUGCUGCUUCCACAAUCUAGUUCAAUGUUCACUAGAAACGCUCCAGAUAGUAAGGAUUUAAUUUUAACUCUCUUUCUCUCGAAACAGCGCUCAGUCAGGUUCAGUACGUGGAUUUGUGGAGGGAAACAAUCGGGUACAUAUAGCUGUUCUUCAAUUGGUAAAUAGUUUGUUUGUUUGUGUUUAGUUUUGUGGGAUAAGUUUGGGUAAUUAGAAACAUAAAUAACAAGCCAUUGGGUUGGGUAGAGAGAGAGAAAAAAUAACACAAGAAAGCAAGCAUAUACUUCCUAUUUGCAGUAAAAGGGGGACAGAGGUAAAGGGAUCGAACAGAACAAUAGUCUGCGUAAUAUGCAAAGAAAUGACUUAAAAUUAGCUUUCUCGACGGUCCGCCCGGGAACUGAUGAAUACAGAACGAUGUACCUUUUAGAGGAAAAUAAAUCAACUCAAGUCUAUGCAGUUUAAAACAGCGCGUGUUUUACAAUA